UCGAUCUCAAUCUUCUUCUGCCGUCCACUCGUCAGUCCUCACACACAAUCUUUCUCUCCGUUCUUCUUCGCGGUACACUCGUAACAAUAACCCUAUAAAAGAAAAAUCACUUCUUUUCAUCAACAAUUUCCAAUCCAAAACACCUAAUCUCUAAUUUAGAUCCUCACUGUUUCAACAGGAAAUUGAAUUGACGUCACCGCCCUUAGAAAAGUUUCCCGUAGCCCCUUUUUGGUUUCAAAUUUUCCUUUUAAGAAUUGUUUUGAUUUUGUUUUUCUUUAAAAGUUUUUUCAUUUGUUGUUUCGUUUCUGAAUUUUGGAUGUUUCUAAUCUGAUGAUGCUCGGUUUUAUGUGUUUACGGUGUAACUAGGGUUUUGAUACUCAUAAAAGUGAUACAAGCCUCUGAGCCCUAAUUUACAAGGUACCACUUUUGAAUAAAGUUAAUAUCUGGAAACAGAAUGUCGUCACCGUGUCCUGUUAUUGAUAAUCGACCAAUUGAUCAGUUGAAGGUCACAGAGCUAAGAGAAGAGCUUAAGAGACGUAAGCUACCCAUAAAGGGGUUGAAGCAAGAAUUGGUAAGGCGAUUAGCUGAAGCAAUCCUCCAAGAGCAAGAUGCUGCUCAUACUAAGUCAGAGAAUGGUGGUGAUUCCACGCCUGGGCCAGACGAAGAAAUGGCUGAAUCUGUUGAUGCAGAUAAUCCUAAGGAUAAUUUUGAUGCUGAUAAUACGACAGAUAAGGAAGCGGAUGAGAAAAUGAGCGAGGUCGAUGCAGCUGAAAACAGAGUGCAAUUGGAUGAAGGGAAAUUCUCAAUUGAGGAGCCGGUUGGUGGUGCUAUAUCUACUAUGGUUGAAAAGGAUCUGGUAGCCCAAACUGCGGAUACGGAAACCAGUGCUCCAACCAAAGAGGACCAGACAGCUGAAGUUAGUGUUGUGCAAACCAGUGAACCUGUCAGUGUGAGUGUUGAGUCUGCCACAGUUUUAAGUGGACAAGACUUGCAAAAAUAUGAAACCCAGAAUGAGAGUGGGGAUUUAAAAGAGCAGCUGGAGUAUCCCAUUUCAAAUUCUUUACUAGUGGAGGAAAAUGUCAGUUCAUCCAUUCUGGAAAGUCAGGUAUCUGAGAUCAGCCCUGUUUUAGGGUUCCAAGUAAACUCUGAUUUUGUUUCCACUGAUGUCUCAUUUGAUGAAAAAACAGAACUGAAGGAUAAUGUAAUAGCUAAUGACGUCAAAGUAGAAUUAGAUGUUAAACCUGAGAUGGUGCAGCUAUUCUCGAGCAGUGAUGUCCCUGAUGAUGCAAAAUCACAUACUAUGGAUGUUGAAGAACCACAUGACAAGAAAAUGUCUACAGAAGAACCAGGCAACAAAAACGAUAAAUAUCCUGAAGUUAGUGUUGUGCAAACCAGUGAUCCUGUCGGUGUGGGUGUAGAGUCUGACACGGCUUUAAGUGGACAAGACUCGCAAAAAUAUGAAACCCGGAAUGAGAGUGAGGAUAUAAAAGAGCAGCUGGAGAAUCACAUUUCAAUUUCUUCUGUGGAUGAGGCAAAGGUCAGUUCAUCCAAUCUGGAAACUCAGGUAUCUGAGCUUAGCCCUGUGUUAGGGUUUCAAGUAAAAUCUGAUUCUGUUUCCGCUGAUGUCUCAAUUGAUGAAAAAAUAGAACUGAUGGAUAAUGUAAUCGCUGAUGAUGUCAAAAUAGAAUUAGAUGUUAAACCUGAUAAUGUGCAGCUAUCAUCAAGCAGUGUCGACCCCGGUGAUGGAAAAUCACAACCUAUGGAUGUUGAAGAGCCAUAUGACGAGAAAGUAUCUGUAGAAGAACCAGGCAACGAAAACGAUAAAUAUGUUGAUAUAAUGAAGACUGAUGGCAAUGGGGAUUCUGCAGAGAAGUUGGAAUUAGACCGAAGUCCUGGUGAUGGAAAAUCACAACCUAUGGAUGUUGAAGAGCCAUAUGACGAGAAAGUAUCUGUAGAAGAACCAGGCAACGAAAACAAUAAAUAUGUUGAUAUAAUGAAGACUGAUGGCAAUGGGGAUUCUGCAGAGAAGUUGCAAUUAGACCGAAGUCCUGGUGAUGAUUCCGCUGAGGAGGAUGUUUCAGAGGGUAAAUUAGCUGAUUUUAAGUUGGACUCGGUGAAAAAAAUGGAUGGAAAGAAAGAAAUUGAAGUGAACACGAGUAGGGAGGUAGGAUCUGUUGCUUCUCUUGAUGAUGCUAGGUCAGUUGCCCAUAUAGAUACCAAUGUUGAAGACGAUGGUCCCAUUGUGAAGUCUGUGAAAAGAAAACCUCAUGAUCAAGGAACAGCAGCGGGGAGCAAUGAUACUGUAAAGAGGCAGCGUAAAUGGAAUUCAGAAGAUCUUAAAAUUCCUGAGAGCAAGAAAGGUGAUGCUGUGGCCUCAACUACCCCGAAGGAUUUUUUCCAGCCCUCUUUCAGACGUAGUGUCUCUAGAUCUGAUUCGGUGGCAAAGGAGGAACCACCAAAAGAACGUGUGGUUCCUCCAUCAUCGAAAGUGCCUACUAAUUCUCUCUUGAUCGAGAAUUUUCUGCGGCCUUUCACCUUGAAAGCGGUGCAAGAGCUACUUAGCAAGACGGGUACUGUGACAAAUUUCUGGAUGGACGCUAUUAAGACCCACUGCUUUGUUUCUUUUGCAUCUGUAGAAGAAGCUAUAGAAACUCGAAAUGCUGUAUAUAACCUGCAAUGGCCUCCACAUGGAGGAAAGCUACUUGUUGCUGAGUUUGUUGAUCCCCAGGGAGUGAAAGAUAAGGUUGAAGCACCACCUCAAUCUCCCUCAACUCAUGCAACUCCUGUGACCACAAUCCCGGCUGCGGCCCCACCUUCUGCUCAGCCCCAACCAUCACCAAGGCAACAGAUGCAGAACAAGCAACUUCAAUCUGAGAAACUUCCACCACCUCCACUUCCUGAGAAACUCGACCCUCCAAUUGUCACUCUGGAUGAUCUUUUUAGAAAGACAAAGGCAACACCUCGCAUUUAUUAUUUGCCUUUGUCUGAUGAACAAGUUGCAGAAAAAUUGAAGGCACAAGGGAAGAUUAUCAAGCAGUAGAAUUAGGCUAUAAUUUAUCCUAAGCUCAUCUUCGGUUUCUCAUGGAUCAGUCUUACACUAUAAGAUAAUGGUAAGAGAGUAUCAUAUUAUUGCAUCUUUGCAGGUCUGCAGGUCUUGCACGUAGGAAGCUCUGGUUUGGUUGCUGGAGAAGCUAGUUCGAUGACAGUUGUCUUUUGCAAGUGUUACCUUGGCUCCGUGAUAGCUUUUCGUGCAAGGACAUUCUUAUAAAGCUCAUUGUGUUUCUUCACCGAAUCAGAUCCCUAGUUCUUGCGAGUUUAGAAUAUUUGCAUCUGUUGUCUCGUCGAAUGGAAAACCUUGCGGAGUUAUCUCUGGAACUAUAAUUACUGUGUAGUUUAGAGCAGAGCCUUGGUUUCUGGGGUGUACUUUGUUAGAGUGCAGUCCUUUUGAUAUAAUUUGCUCAGAUGUUGAUGGAUUCUUCUUGCUAUUCACUACCUAGGCAUCUGAUUGCCUCUAUUUGUCUACUUGUUAUCAAACAUGACUCCUAUUGGUAGUCAGUAAAACAAUCAACUUGAGUUUGGUUUUAGUGGACUGAACUAUUAUUAGUCUUUUACUGUACUAAUAUCAGUUAUGAAUAUGCUAUGGGGCUUUUCAAUCUAA